AUGUCUUAUUGUGAGCCCAUAAUCGUUCUCGGUUUAUUAAUUCUUCCUUUUUUAUACGAUUUGAGUGAAAAAUGUCGAUAUUAUUUUCGAUUUGCUUUAUUUUAUACGAUUUUAAUGGUUAACUCUAUAAUAUUAAUUCCUUGGUUGCUUUAUAAGCCUUUUGAACGGAGUAAUAUACAGAUUAUAAGUUUAUGGUGUCGUCACAUAUCCUGGUUGCUGGGUCUUCGUUGGAAUAUCCAUGGUACCCAUAAGCUCGACAACAAGAAGUCUUUUAUAAUGGUUGCAAAUCAUCAAAGUAGUCUUGAUCUUUUAGGUAUGUUUGAGAUAAUACAUUAUCUACAGUUUCCAAUGACCAUUAUGACAAGAUUGAGAGUGAUUUUGAUUUCGCCUCUUGGACUAGCAAUGUGGUUAUCGGGUGUAGUUCUUCUGAAACCACAGCAGACGAUGAGCGAUUUGAAGGCUAAUAUUUAUAGAAGAGGCAGUAUAAAUAAUAAUAUUAAAACAGGCAUUGGUGAUAAGAUUCAGAAAUUUGAUAAGCAUGCUUUUUCUUUUGCAAUCGAAGAUGAUUUACCAAUAGUGCCUGUUGUGUUUGGCUCGUACAAAAAGAUAUUCGAUGAUGACCAGAAGUAUUUUAAUACAGGUUAUGUGAACAUUACAAUACUACCAGAAAUAAGAACAGAAACCUAUACCGAGAAGAUGUAA